UUAUUUUGUCUUUCCCAUCGCCGAGGUCGCACGAUUCCCCCAGCGCAGGAGCCGCCAGGCUGUACAGUGAGAGAGGCCCCUUCCUCGGCCUAUCGGGAGGCUGAGGUGUGCUCUGAGCCCCAGGCCAGGAGCUAGCAGCCAACAUGGGCUUUGGACAAGUCGCUCAGGCCUGCUCCAGAGCCUGGUAAAGGUGUCGUGUAGACAGGCCCCAGGAGUGGGGCUAGAGCCUUGGACAGCCUGGGAGACAGGAGAUGGGGACAUCCCAUUGACCCCAAGGCUGGGUAUUAAAGGGUUAAAGAGCUAAGGGCUUUAAGGGAUCCAGUGGGGCAGAACCCAGCUGCCCUGAACCAGCCUCCCAGGCAGGGGCAGCCUCUGGGGUAGAUCCUGACUUGGUUCUAGGGGCUCAGCCAGGGAAGCAGGAGCGACUCCUAGGCAGACCUAGGCCUGUUGGACCCCCAGCUCACCCAGACAGGUGGGAACCCAGGAAUUAGCCACACCAGUGAUGGGGAUAAGCAAGAGGCUGGCAGACUCCCAGCUGUCCCCGAUGCCUGGCCCACAUCCUGGGGGCUGGGCCCGGUGUCAACAGGCUGGCGGGACACCGGCCCCUAUUCUGUGACUGCAACACCGCCUGCUGGGACGGUGAUCUGAUGGCUGCCAGGCCAGGCCAGCUCGGCUUGGUGCUGCUGCAGAGCUGGCUGCCCGGAGUGCCGGCCUGGGGCCUGGGCUGGAGGAGGGGUGGGGGCAUCGUGGGGCAAUUCCUGUCCUUUGCGCUGCCAGGGGGUGCAGGGCAGAUUCUCUGUGUUCCAGGGAGCUAAGGGCUAAGCCAAAGAGUUGGGUUCGGGAUGGGGGCUCUCUCAGUCCAGUGCUGCCUUGCAGGGGGGCAGUGGCUUUCGGGCCAACCAGGCCUUGGAUUGGAAGGAGAGGGAAUUCCCAUGCCCCAUGAGGCUCUGGAGUCAGCAAAGGAUUAUCUGCUGAGCCAGCCGCUCCCCGACGCUAAGCAGCGGAGGGUGGGAUAAGUGUGGGGACAGGAGCCCUCGCAGGAAGGUGCCGUCUCCCUUCUGUGGUGUCCAGGUGUAAGCAGGCUGUUGGCUGAUGUUUAAAACCCGGGGAUUAACUCCCCCACAGCUCCUUGCUGCAAAGAGCAGGGCUGUCCUCUGGCUGAGGCCCGCUCGGCUCUUCCGUUCCACACCCCAGCGGUCUGGGUUGGAUGCAGGGCUCUGUUUCGCUGUGACCUACCCAAGAGGUGGCUGCAUUGCGUGCCGGGCGAGACCUCUGCCCGGUGUGGCUCUAGUCAUCAAAUGAGCACGUUUUCUGCUCUUCAUCUUGCUGCUCCAGUGGGCGGCGGUGGCUGCUGAGAGGGGGGAACGCAGGCGUGCCAAGGCGCUGGGUUGCGAAGGGGGAUUUUGUCGAAGGGCAUUUUCCUUGCUUCCACCCACUUCAGAGUCUCCCUCGAUCUUACCACUUCUGCUGCCUGACCCCUCACGCCAGGCCUCGCUGCUGGCUUCCAUCUGCCCAGGGCAUCCCUGAGGCUGAGCCAUCUCCGACCAGGACAGGGGACAGGCGUGAGGGGUUUUGUGGUUCGUGCUGGGGGUGUGUGUAGGGAGUUGUUAGCCGUGAGCUGGGACCAGCUAGGUUGGUGCAAUCCUGCACAAGGGCUGAGAUUCUGCCAGGGACGUAGGCUCCUGUGGGGGCAUGUGGCAGCUGGCAGGGAGCAUGUGACGCCUUGCAAGAGGCACUUGGCACUCCUUGGCCUCAGGAAGGUCCCAUUUGAAGUAACAGCCCGGCUCUGCCUGUCACGGGGCCAGCUUGCUGACGGAAAGUUUAACUGGUGUUAAGCAAACAUCCUAGGAGAUUCUUGCUUGCAGCUCUGGCCGUGGGCUCGGCUAAUUGAACAGGUGUGCAGCGUGCCUCUGGAGAAUAACUACACCUAGCAGGGCGCCAGUUGCUGCCAGCGAGUCACGGAGACUCGAGCGACGCAGGGGGAUUUGCCAGGCUGGCAUCGCCAUAGCUACCGGGAGGAGGUGGCCCCUUUCCACUGCUCAGCACGCCCCCAAAGUGCGGCUUUUUGACUGAAGCAGCUGGCGCUGUCUCUCCCGUGUUGAGAUGCUGCUUUCAGCGGCUGGGUGACAGCCCGUCAGAGUUGGCACCCUCUGAGCUGGCAUGCGUCUCUACCCCCUGGUGAGGAACGCGGCUUAUUAUGAGGAAGAUGCUGUCCCGCCGGGGCUGCAAGCCUGAAGUCCUCAUCCUGACCAUGGUCGGGAUCGGCGGCCUCCUCUUCCUGCUCAUGACCAACAAGGGCGAGCACGUGAUGAAGGCUGCCACGGGAGUCAGCAGUACUGGCCCCCCGCCCAGCGUCCCCACAGCCCCGUGGCACGGCCCUGAGUGCAAGGAGAGCUCCUCGGUCACUAAUAUCUCCGGCUUCGCUGACCUGCCUGGCCACAUCCAGGACUUCUUGCGCUACAAGCAUUGCAAGGAGUUCCCCCAGCUGCUGGACGCCCCCGACAAGUGCAGGGCGGCUGAGGGCUCCCCGGGGGUCUUCCUCCUCCUGGCCAUCAAGUCGUCGCCCGGGAAUUAUGAGCGGCGGGAGAUCAUCCGCAAGACUUGGGGGGAGGAGAGGACGUACCAAGGGGUCCGUAUCCGCAGGCUGUUCCUCGUCGGGGAGGUGAGGGAUGCACGGGAGGUUUGGAAGCUGAACCAGCUGCUGCGGCUGGAGGCGGCGGAGCAUGGGGACGUGCUGCAGUGGGCGUUCCUGGACAGCUUCUUCAACCUGACCCUCAAGCAGGUGCUGUUCUACAGCUGGCUGGAGGCCCACUGCCCUGGUGCCCGCUUCCUCCUCAACGGGGACGACGAUGUCUUCGUCAACACGGACAACAUAGUGAACUACCUGCUGGGCUUGCGGGGGGCCAAUGAUGGCGACGGGCACCUCUACGUGGGGCAGCUCAUCGCCAACGUGGGUCCCAUCCGAGAGAAGUGGAGCAAGUACUAUGUGCCCGAGCAGGUCACUGCCACCAGCUCCUACCCACCCUACUGCGCGGGUGGCGGGGUGCUCAUGUCCGGCUUCACCGCCCGCACCAUCUACAAGGAGUCGUUGGGCAUCGAGCUCUUCCCCAUAGACGAUGUCUAUCUGGGUAUGUGCCUGCAGAAAGCCGGGCUGGCCCCAGCCUCCCACAUGGGCAUCCGGACCGUGGGUGUCAGGGUGCCUUCCUCCAAGCUGGAGUCCUUUGAUCCCUGCUACUACAAGGAGCUGCUGCUGGUGCACCGCUUCGUGCCCUACGAGAUGCUAGUGAUGUGGCAGGCCAUUCACGAGCCGGACCUGCGUUGCGGGAAGAAACUGCAGGUCUAUCAGAGCAUUUGAGGGGACCCUGGAAUCCGAGGGGGGGGCACUGGGGAGGGAUGUAAUGCCAGGUUGUAGGUGCUAGGGCAUCGGCGGGUGAUGCCACCUAUCUAGGUCUUCGCUGAUGUGCCCCGAAUGCUCCAGACCAGUCACCUCUUUCUUGCUCUUGAUGCCUAUUCCAGGAAGUCCCGGCUCCAAGGGGCGGGACUUCCAGGAACGAGCCUCAGCAGGACUUACGGUUCUAUUGGCUAACAUGCAUGGAGUGCACAGAGAGACUGAACGGCUCACUGGCUUCUGGUCCUGUUCCAACUGGUUUGGCUCAUUUGCCAUUCUUGGGAUGUCAGAAGCUUUUCCCGCAGCUCCUCCCUUCCCCGUGGCUGUGAUAAGCAUUUUGAGUUGGGUAGGGAUCCCUUUGCAGUGAUCCCCUGGGGGUGGCUACUUCCAAGAAGGCAACUACCAGAAAGCCACCAGACCGGAGUGGAGGGGGGAAUUUCUGCCUCCUUGACUAAUGGGCACAUUGCCACCUGGGUGCCCAAAUCCUGGGCAGGAUGUCACUGGCUUGGCCAAUGUCCAGAUCUUGGCCUGGAUGCUGCGUCUCUGGGGCCGAAGGUCCAAACACAGCAGGAAGUGGGUAGGGUGUCUGGCGUGAGGAGCUUGGCUCGGGGUUCUAGGCCCAGCCCCUGUUUCACCACCAGCCCUAAGGGCAGGAGAUGGGCGUCAUGCACGUCCCUGCUCCAGGGCUCGGGGGCCAGAUCUUCCCCAGCGUAGCCAGCUGUGGCCCUGUAAAAUCAAUGGAGUCGUGCCUAGCGAGCGCUGGGUGAAUUUGGCUCUGGGGCUACGAUGCAGAAGCAGACAGUACGAAGGGGACAAGUCGGGUGUUCUCAGCUGGGCCCGCAGGGGCUCUCUGGCCCCUGCAGCUCCAGCCCUGUCCCUUGCUGCUAACGGUCUGGUUGGUGGAUAUAUUGACUGGCAGGGCUGGUGCUUCCAGCUGCUCAAAACAGCCGAGAGAAGCAGUGUCUGCUCCCCACCCGCCCCUGCUCCUUGGGAGUUGGUUUGCCCUAUGGACUAAGCUGGCAGGGGAUGGAGGGGGAGAGGAACUGGAUUCAAGGGCAUGUGUACGGCUGCCUCCCUUCUCUCCCAGCGCCUGUCUGUGCAGAUAUUCCAGUGACGUGUGUGGACUUUGCUCAAGGACAGGACAGGAAUCUGCCUGGGGGCUUGGACGCUGCCUCACCCGUCCAUUCGGUAGCAGGACCCCCACUGAGAAGCACCAGGAGCUGGGCCCUACCCAGCUGGCUUCGGGGCCCACCAUCGUGCACUGAAUCAGCGCUAGAGACGGGCUGUAAAACUGCAUCUCUGCUGGCAGGGGAGGGAGCAAACAGAGGCCUCUCUUCAGCUCCGGCUCAGCUGUGUCCUGACUUUACUAAUAACCCGCCCCCCACUCCUCCCAGGGCACAGUCGUAUGGCACCAAGGGCUGAUUUCCAAAGUGCUGCCCUGUCCCUGAGAAUCUGGCCUCCUGCACGUUCCCAAGCCCCUUGCAGGACACGGCUGAUCUGAACGGGGGCCUUUGAAUUCAGGCCUGUGGCUUGGUUCAUGUAGGACUUGGCACGGCCAGAUGGGCAUAGGGGGCUUGGCAGAGGCCCAGACUACAACCCUCCCUGGAUCUGCCCAAGAAGAGGGCAAACCCGAGAUCUGAAUUGCUGUUAAACUCAACCCACUGGCAAUUUCUGUUGCUCAAUCAAGAAAGGUAUCAGGGUGCGGCAUCAGAGCCUUGCACCUCUCUAAACCUGUCUGCUGCAUCCCCCUGGAUCUGACAAACUGCUGCUGAGACUUUGCCAGUUAAUUGUUUUAUGAGAUAACAAGCCCAAAGUUUCCAAGCUC